AUGAAUUUUCUUUUUUCAUCCAUUCUAAUUAUUAUCUUCAUCACUAUAAAUGUGGAAGCAGAUGUCGAAAUAAUAAUUGGAAAAAAUGAUUCAUGUGAAAACGAAUUAAAUCAAAGUUCGGUGGCAAUAAAUUCUUCAAUGUGCAACAUUGUGAGGACAUUAGAUGAUGAUUGGUCACAAACAGAAAGAAAUACAACUUCAUUCUCCGAUGAAUCAGUUAAAUCAUCUAUCAAUGAUAAUUUUGAUGAUUUAAAAGGACGAAUAUCAAUGGAAACAUUAGAUCUUAUCAAACGACUUCAUAUGCAAUAUCUCAAUGUAGAAAAUUCUAAGAAACAAACAGAAUUUUCAACAUUCAAUGAAAAUAAAUCUAAAAAGAAGGACGAAGAAAUUAUUCGUAUUUCUGGGAAGCUUGAAAUAUUAUAG